AUGUGGCAAAAGGCAAAUUGCAAACUAAAUCUUAACUUACAACUGGAGGUUCUCGAAUUCUGGUUCCAAAGGCUUCCUUCCUUCAAGGGCUUUUUGAACAAAGCCUAUUUUGGCUUCACGAAAGUUAAGUAUAAUGAGACUAUUGAAAAGCUCGGACGCUGCUGUGCGCUUCUAAACGUGACGCCAAAAGUAAUAAGUGUUAUUUCGCGGGAUAAUUGUGAUAUAACAACAGCGAACGAGCGAGCUUUACGAGAUAUUGCGAAUGAUUUGCUUGAAAAACGUGAAAACAAGGAGAAGAAUAAUGCUCUUGACGCGUUCACAGAGGAUACAAUACAAAUUCUCGGAAAACAUUCUGUAAGAGUUGGAAAUUUUACAGGAAUACGGGAGUGGAAGGUUAAAACAACGCCCGAAGAACUUAUAAAGUCAGUAACACCACUGGAGUUUCCCGCUUGGGGUAAAAAUUGGACAUUACGCGUUCAAAUCGCGUCGGGAACACAAGCCCCUUUUUAUCCCUUCAAUACCGCUCCUGUACCUGGAAUUCAUAUUGGUAUCUCUUUAGAUAACAAAACAUUUGCUGAAAGGUUAGACUAUAAGAAUGCGGAUUUUUUGGUCGUAUGCAGAUACAUUGAAGCAUUGCUUGGCGAAGUACAAUGUGAUAAUGAACAAUCAUUGAACCGUAUGCACAAUAUAGAUCUUUCGAAUUCGAUUUCCCUUCCUGGUGGAAAUAUUUAUUAUUAUUCACCAAUCCCACUUAAUCAAAUACCUAGUCCAACUUCUAUAUUAGGUAGAGAGUCAUAUUCUAAAGAGCAUCGUCGCCCGGUCAUAAUAGAUCUUCAUUUAAACUUUGAUAAAAAGUCAAACCAAACUAAGGCAGAUUUAAGAAUGAUUUGGAAGUAUCGAAAUCAAAAUAUAGAAGUUUAUAAUCAGGAUAAUCAGGAAAAUAAAGUUGAACUGGGAGUUUUCGGUCCACCAUUAGAUUCAGAUUCCUUUAUUGGACCAAGAAUUGUAUUUGGAGAUAGUAAUAAUCCUAAACCAACAAUGUUAAGUGUAUUCUCAAGAACACUUGUAGAUUCAUUUUUUAAUUCAAGCAUAUCUCCCUCUCAAAGUUUUCAUCCACAUUUUAAUACAUUAAUUAAAUAUCUCACAAUUGAAGAUAAGUGUAAAGAUUACAUACUUUAUACAUUACCAAAUUCUUUUUUUGUAGAUAUAUACCAACUUAAGGAUAUGUUCUCAGAUGAGCAAAUUAAAGUUUGGGGAGAAACGGAUUUGGAAAGUCCUGUUGGAAUGACUUCAUUAAAAUGGGGUAGCUUAGUUUUAAUUACGAAACAAAAUUCGGGGGAUGUUGACCAUUUUGAAUUCAAUUUACCACUUCACAUGAGAUAUCAACCAGCCAUUUCUGGAAAUAAACAAAAAAAUCAUGUAUUCACGACAGCACCUUGGCCGUUUGUUAUACGAGUUUGUGAAAAUGAUGCGCCAGCAGAACCAUUAUUUGCGCCUACACCACUUCCGUUAUCUCUCUUAUUUCCAUCAACAUCAGAGAUAAAAUAUAUUUUUCCAAAACAAGAAUUUUUACAACAUAAUUUUUGGCCAAAAGUAGUAGUUGGGAUUCCUGUAGGCCAAUUAAGUUAUUUAAAACUCGUUGAAUGGUGGACAGUUUUAAUGUCCUUAAUCAGCUGUGUUUGGGUUAUAUGGACUAUUAAAAAUAAAGUUCAAUGGAAAUAUGAAGGAAAUAAUAACAAAAUUGAUUAA